AUGGCUUCUCACCACCGUUCUGGCAGUAGACAUAGAAGUCCAUCCCCUGGGGGCAGUAGUAGCAAAAGACAAAGACACUCUUACAGAGACAGAAGUCGUUCUCGUGAUAGACAUCGUUCCUCUUCACACCGCCAUCAUCGCUCUUCUCGUUAUGAAGAUGCCCGCCAUGAUGAUUCUCGUUAUGACGACAGAGCGUACCAUUCUUCUUCGUCCUCGUCUCGCCGUCAUUACGAUAAUGUAAGUGUUAAUGAUAAAAGAACCUCUUCACGUGAGCCAACACCAAGAAAAGAUGCUGUAGGCAACUCUUCAGCAGUGUCUGCAUUAGAGACUCACACAAAGCCUACUACUACUACUGCUAGCUCGUCCCUAGACUCACCUGCUACGCCCAACUUAACAUCGUCUUCCAUCACUGCUACUGCAACUACCACGGAUGCUGACGAGGCAUUGCGAAAGAAGCAAGAGAGGGUCCGUAAAUGGAAGGAGGCCAAGCGAUUGAAAGAGGAGGAAGAAGCUAAAAAGAAGGCAGUAUUGCAGCAAGAUGAAGAAGAAAAGAAGAAACUCGCCAUCGCUGCAGCACAAAAAGAAGCUGAAGAGUUGCGCCUCAAGCAAGAACAGAAGGAAGCCUUGGAGAAGCAACAACGUGAAGAAGCAGAAAAGAACCAAGCUCCCAAACAGGAACCUCAACUGCUCCAGCAAUUUGCCGCCAUGAGAAAAGCAGCCGCUGAAGCAGCAGCUAAGGAAGAUGCUGAAUCUGGUGCCAAAGAAGAUGCUGACAUGGAAGAGGCAGCUCAACAAGAACACGCCAACCAAGGAUCAGAGGCAAACGGCAAGAAGUGGAGUUUUGAUGAUGAUUCUGAAUCAGACGAUGAUCAUGGCAUGGAUGUGGAUGGUGAUGAAAAGAAGAAGGAAGCAGAAGCAGAGGCUGCCAAAGCUGCUGAAGAAGCUGAAAGAACCUUCAAACCACUGCAGUCCAAAACGGAUGACCAUAAAGACGACGACUCUAUCCUGUCAAAGCCGAAAAAGACCUUCUUGAUGUCCAACAAGUCCACCAAGCCUAAAAAUGCUAUGCGAAUGGGUUUCGGUCUGGGUAAAUCAAUGAUGACAAUGAAAAAGUCUGCACCCCCUUCUGCUGCUGCUGCUACCACUGCCACACCUGCUGCAGAAGCCAUGGAGACUGAUAAAAAAACUGCUACACCCGAGCCUGUUGAUACAGAGAUGAAAGACUCUGAGGACAUUGAUCCAUUGGAAGCCUACAUGCUUGACGUCCAUGCUGAAACGAGAAAAAUCAAUGAAGAAGAUAAGAAGAGAAUGGUGGAAAUGAAAAACAAUGCUAGCAACAAAAGAAGAGGCUCCAUUGUGGAAGACGAUGAUGAGGAUGUUCCCUCAAAAGAAGCCAAUGCCGCUGAUGACGAAGACAUUGGAAGUGAUCCUGAAGACAUUUUAGCAUUGGCUGCUAAGAAGGUCAAGAGAAAGGACAUUGCACCAGUGGACCACAGCAAGAUGGACUAUGAAUUCUUCCGCAAAGAUUUCUACAUUGAGCCACCAGAAUUGAAGGAAAUGACACAGGAACAGGUGGAAUUAUUGCGUAUCGAGUUGGAUGGCAUCAAGAUUCGUGGUGUCCAUUGUCCUAAGCCCAUCACCAAAUGGACUCAUUGUGGCCUGCCUGCUGGCUGUCUUGAAGUCAUCCGCAAACUGAAAUAUGAGAAGCCCACCUCGAUUCAAGCACAAGCUAUCCCUGCCAUUAUGAACGGCCGAGAUGUCAUUGGUGUCGCAAAGACUGGUUCUGGUAAAACCAUUGCAUUCCUGUUGCCCAUGUUCCGUCAUAUCAAGGAUCAACGGCCACUAGAAGCAGGUGAGGGCCCUAUUGCCAUCAUCAUGACACCAACCCGUGAAUUAGCCACACAGAUUCACAGAGAAUGCAAACCCUUUUUGAAGAUUCUCAACUUAAGAGCUGUGUGCGCCUAUGGUGGUAGUCCUAUCAAGGAUCAAAUUGCAGACCUCAAGCGUGGUUGUGAGAUUAUUGUGUGCACGCCUGGUCGCAUGAUUGAUCUUCUUUGUGCUAACUCUGGCCGUGUCACCAACCUUCGUCGUGUCACUUAUUUGGUCAUGGAUGAAGCCGAUCGUAUGUUUGAUAUGGGUUUUGAGCCUCAGGUCAUGAAAAUCGUCAAUAACGUGCGUCCCAGUCGCCAAACGGUGCUGUUCUCUGCUACUUUCCCUCGUCAGAUGGAAGCAUUGGCUCGUAAAGUGCUCAAGAAACCUCUGGAAAUCACUGUGGGUGGUCGCAGUGUCGUCUGUGAUGAUGUAAAUCAAAUUGUAGAAGUAAGAGAAGAGGAUACCAAGUUUGUAAGACUAUUGGAAAUCUUGGGUGAGCUGUACAAUAACUUUGGCGAAGAAGGUGCCAGUGCUCUUAUUUUUGUGGAUCGUCAUGAAGCAGCUGAUAACUUACUGAGGGACCUGAUGCGCCGUGGUUAUCCCUGCCAGUCUUUGCACGGUGGUAAAGAUCAAGCCGACAGAGACAGCACCAUUGCAGACUUCAAGUCUGGUGUCACCAAUGUUCUGAUCGCUACCUCUGUUGCUGCUCGUGGUUUAGAUGUUAAGAACUUAAAGGUUGUGAUUAACUACGAAUGCCCCAACCACAUGGAAGACUACGUGCAUCGUGUGGGCCGUACAGGUCGCGCUGGCAACAAAGGUACCGCAUACACAUUCAUCACACCAGAUCAAGACCGUUACGCCAUGGAUAUUUGUAAGGCAUUGAGGCUUAGUGGUCAAGAAAUUCCUCCAGACCUUCAAGCACUUUCUGAAUCUUUCCAGAACAAGGUCAAAGAAGGCAAGGAACGUGCUUCUGGCUCUGGUUUUGGUGGUAAGGGCCUUGAGAGACUGGAUAAAGAUCGAGAUCUUGUCAAGCGAUUUCAAAAGAAGGCCUAUGGCGGCAAUGAAGAUGAAUCUGAUGAGGAAGAGAUUGAGCUUGAGAGUAAUGUCGUUGCGCCUGGUAUCACUGCUGCUGCCUCUGCUGCUGCUGCCGCCGCUAAAACCGCACUGGAAGCUGAUUCCAAGAAGGAUACAAAUGGUAAAGAAGAUGCUGGUUUGUCGGCUGCUGCUAUUGCUGCUAAAAAGGCUGCUGCCAUGGUUGCUGCUCGUAUCAAUGCUCUUGGUGGUGCUGCUGGAAGUCAAAUGAUCACUGAGGAUGGUGAAACUCGACCUGUUUAUGCUGAGGAAAUUACAAUCAACGAUUACCCUCAAAAGGCAAGAUGGAGAGUGACAAACAAGGAACAAAUCAAUCAAAUCACCGAAGUCUCUGGUGCAGCCAUCACAACUCGUGGUUCCUUCUUUCCUCCUGGUAAACAACCCACUGGCAAUGAACGUAAAUUGUACUUGUUCAUCGAAGGUGAUUCAGAGAUGGUGGUUGAAAAGGCAAAGAAUGAAAUCAAGCGUAUUUUGGUCGAGGCAACAGCUGCACAAAUGGAAGCAGAAGCAAGAGGCGGAGGGCCCGGUGGAUCUGGUCGUUACCAAGUUGUUUAG